UUGUUUUAUUGGCCAAUGAGCGAAGCUUACAAAAUACAGUAUAAUGCAUACCAACUAUGAUUCCUUAUUGCUGGAACUAGUUGAGACAUAUGUUGUUAUGUAUUCAGUCUCACCAAGGUCCUUUCAGUACUGAUCUGCAGCAUCUUUCAUGACAUGGCAGUCCUGCAGCAUUUCUGCUCCUCUGCCACCCAGUGCACUUACACUAGGCUGCGAAUAUACACUAACAUGAUUACAUAUAUAAUACUGUAAUAACAUUUAUGAUUAGCAUGACUACUUGUAUAGUUCAGUAGUAUAACAAGGCAGUGCACAACAGCAAACCUAGCGGUGAAACGAUUUCGCUUUUUGCCCCUUUAACACAAUUUUUCAAAGCUCAUCAAAUCAGUCAGAAAUUUUACUUAUCACUUUCUUUGCCCACUGUUGGGAGCCAGUGUCCAUCUUGCCAAGUUUAGACUAAACUGUGAUAUAGAAUCAAAUGUAUUCAUAUGUUUCUUUACCUCCCAUAAGUUACAUUUUUGUUUACUGUUUAGAUGACUCAAAUAGGCGCUCUAAAUCUAUUUCAAUAGCAGCGUAUCACAAAAAAGCUCUCUUCCUUAUUUCGUGUAUGUUAAUUUCAUUAUAUUAGCUUUCUGAAGUCUAUGAACAACUAAAGAACUAUCAUAGACUUCAGGAGGUACAGAGCAGACCCCCUUUCCAUCUUCACAAACAGAGACUGUGUGGAAAAAGUUCAGAGCUUCAAAUUCCCGGGAACCCACAUAUUAGACAAUCCCUCCUGGUCCACCAACACCAUGGCUGUUGUCAAAAAGGCACAGCAGCAUCUGCACUUCCCCAGAAUCCUUAAGAAAAAUAAUCCAGUGACCCUCUAACACAUCACAACAGAGAGUGUCCUUACAUACUGCCUCACAGUCAGGUACACUGGCUGCUCAGCAGCUGACAAAAAGGGUCAUUAACAUAGCCCAAAAAAUGAUCAGCUGCUCUCUUCCCUCACUUCAAGACAUUGCAAACACACACUACCUCUCCAGAAAGCCUGACCACCACCUGUUUGACCCCCUGCCCUCAGGCAAACUCAGACCACCAGACUCAUGAACAGUUUCUUUCCAAAGUGCAUUCACACUCUCAAUCAACAUACAAAAUGAACAGCCAUAGUGCACUCUCAGAAGCACUCUCACAACAACACUCUAAUGACAUUUUAUUUCUACAUGGCAAUUAUCUGAUCUUAUUUGUGCAAUAACCACUGUGGUCAGGGCAAUUUGUUGACUCUGGCACUUUUAUAGCUACCUCUUUAUUUUGUGUGCAAUGAGGUAUUUGUAGUGUGCUUAUCUUUUUUAAUAUUGUAUGAAAUAUGUGUCUUUUUUAAACUCUUAGGCACCAACCAGGAGUUCAUUGUAUCCUGCACAACACAAGACAAUAAAGGCUUUCUAUUCUAUUCAGUUUUAUUCUUUUCUAUUCAAACUCCAAAAUGAUAUCCUCAUUUCACCUCUUCCACUCGCCACUCUACUACCCCAUGAGCCAAUGUUAUAUUUAACUAAACUAAUAUUUAACUCACACUGACCCAACAACAAUCAUGAUAAGAGGCCUUUUUUCUUGUUAAGAGAAGGAAAUUACAAAUAGGCUUAUAAACAUUAUGUUUAUAGUAUGUACAGUAUCCUAGCCUGAUGUGCCUAUUUAUUAACAUUCUGUACAUCUACUAAUUAAGCAGGGGAUAAUCCACUAACAUGCUUUAAUGCACAUGUUUAUUUGAUUAAGUUAUGCUGUUAAUAUAGAAUCUAGUUCUUUCAACGUCUUACUCUUUAAAGGAGGACACAAAUGGUCUUUUUGUGCCUCUUACUUCUAGAAACUGUUGAGAGGCUCUACGAUCCACCAUUGCUGUAACACAAAAAAACAAGAAACUCUUUAGUCACAACUAGGGCUGGGUAUUGUUCACAUUUGAACCAAUACCAGUAUAGGUUCUGGUACCUGGAAUUCACUAAUGGUACCCAACAGUACCUUUUUUUGGUAGGCUACUUUCUCUGUAAUAACAAAAAACUAGUCCAUACCCAUUGAGUACAGCAUACCAUACCAUGACUUAGUCAUACCAAAAAUUAGAAAAACAAACAAACAUUUGGCUACAGGGCGAGCCACAGCGAUCGGCCGCAUUUUAGCCAUUUUUAAGCAUUUUUCUGUUGUUAUAGCGCCACCCAGUUGCCAAUUAGAGUUAAAUUUCUCCAGUCACCUUGAGGCGUCCUGUUCUACAUAUCUACCAAGUUUAGUAAAAAUCCAUAUGGCGGUUAGGCCUAGAUAAGAAAUUAGCUCUCUAGCGCCCCCAUCUUGUUUGAUCGGGUCAAUAAUGGAGGGUUCCCCUCAGAUUAUGUGUGGUCAUAUGCCUACAAAGUUGCGUGGUGAUGGGUGAAACCCUUGAGAUGUUAUACACCUUUAUGUGAUGAGCCACGCCCUCCACAAUAUUCAUUGCCUUAUAGAAGCUCAGUUUUAGUAAGUUUUCCAACUUUUGCCAAGAGGGAACUUUAGAUAUUGAUGUAAUAUUGCUUCAUUCGCAUCCUCCCAUGACCCUCUACCACUGUGCCAAAUUUCACAUCGAUUGUCCAAGUCAGUGAGGAGAAAAACAUGGAACAGACAUACAGACACACCCACAGACAGAGUUUUCGUCAUUAUAUAGGAAGAAGACUAUCAUGGCAGAUCAGUGCUGCAGUUAAUAGUUUUGUCUAGCAGCCGACAGAGUGUCUAAAUGGUGCUAUCCUCAGCUCUGUGGAUAGCAUCCAGGCUUUGGGGUUCUUUGUGGCACUUGCACAUCUUGUCGAAGCCUGGCAUUCUCACCUAGAUGCAUUCACAGGUACCGAACUUUGGUGGCAUGGAGGAUUUAUGGUGAAUCGGUACUUGGUACUAUUGACAUAAUUUGGGUCAGUGCCCUUAAAAAUACCAAUUUUGGUACUCAACGCUAUAGCUAGCGUUAAGUUAGUUGGCCCUUUGGCUGAGGAGCUCAGCUUAUGGUGUAAUUGUCAGCAUAAUGGUUAAGUUAGAAAGGUUAAUUAAGCAGUCCUGAGCACUAACAUUAUUGAUGUGGAAUUUGGAACAUCAAUUAUACUAUAGCUCCAUAGAAAUGAUUGAUGUGAUACUGUUUUGUGCGGCAGUCAGUUGAUUUGACAUUGAAAUGGGCCUCUAGAUGAGUGCUGGCACUGAAUUACAGCACAGACACUGCAACAUUAUAGUCUUAUUGCUAAUGUAGCAUGUUGCUUUUCCAGUAAAUGUGAAACACUGACAAUAUGUUGCUUUAUCUGUCUCUAGCUUCACUCAGAGCAGUGGAUUAAGUGUUCAGAGUUCUACAAAUUGUCGUGGCACUGUUAUCCAGUAGUAUUUGUUGGGUAAUUUCAUGUGAUGUCACCGCCUGUAGGUCAUCAAGUGUAAGGCAGCAGUGGCCUGGGAGUCCAACAAGCCUUUGGUGAUGGAAGAGGUUGAGGUAGCUCCGCCCCAGGACAACGAGAUCUGCAUCAAGGUGGAACCGGGCUCAACAUGUGCUGUGUUCGGCCUGGGAGCUGUGGGUUUGGCUGCAGUCAUGGGCUGCAAGGCUGCAGGAGCCAAGAGGAUCAUCGCUGUUGACAUCAAUCCAGAGAAGUCUGAGAAGGCCAAGGUGUUUGGUGCAACUGACUUUGUGAACCCCAAGGAUCACAAUAAACCCAUCAGCCAAGUGCUAUCUGAGAUGACUGAUGGAGGAGUGGACUACUCCCUGGAAUGUGUUGGGAAUGUGGAAGUCAUGCGCAGUGCCUUAGAGUCAUGUGUGAAAGGUGGGGGUGUCAGCGUGAUUGUUGGCUGGACAGACAUGCAAGAUGUUGCUGCAAGACCCAUUCAGCUCAUUGCUGGACGCGCAUGGACGGGCUCUGCAUUUGGAGGUGAGACAAAUAUGACCACCACCACUAAUGAAUCUCCAAUAACCGAAUGGCUUUGGGCUUAGCUGUAUUCUAGAUUGGUGGCACUGUGGAAAAGUGGUUAGCAUUGUUGCCUCACACCAAGAGGGUUCAAGGUUCACGCCCCGUGGUGGCGGAGCCCUUCUGUGCAGAGUUCUCCCUGUGUCAGCGUGGUUUUCCUCGGGGUACUCGGGUUUCCUCCCACAGUCCAAAGACAUGUAGGCUAGGGUAAUUGGUGACUCUAAAUUGCCCUUAGGUGUGAAUGUAAGAAUCAAUGGUUGUCUGUGUCUGUGAUAGUCUGACGAUCUGUCCAGGGUGUACCCCAUCUCUUGCCUAAUGUCAGCUGGGAGCGGCUCCAGCCCCCCGCGACCCCUAACAGGAUAAGUGGUUACGGAAAGUGAACAAAUGUAUACCAGAUAAGACUCUAAAGCCCCUUUUACACUGCCAGAUUUUCUGCGAAUGUUGGGCCGUAUUGCUGGCAAGCUGCGAGGGUAUAGACACACAGAGCUGGAUUGGUGAGUUGAUCGAUUGAUGACUUGUGGGAGGAGCUGUUGAUGACGCUACACAUGCGACCCACUGGCCGUGGAUAAACAGGAAACAGCUGAUAGCAGGAAUUAGUGAGCAGCUAGUAGCAAGAGGGAAACGCAAACCUAGCAGACACUGUAAAGAUGAGCAACUGGGGAGACAAGGAAUUGCGCACCCUCCUUGCCCUCGCAAACGAAGAGGCCAUUAACCGUCAGAUGACAGGGACGGUGAAGGACGGGCCAACUUAUGAGAGAAUCGCCAAAGGACUGACAAGCCACGGCUUCCCUCCCACAACACUGUUUACGUCACAUGCUGAGCUAAACGUUUUGUUACGCCCCCCAUUGCCCCGAAAAAGGUGCAUUCUGUAUAAACAAAAUUAGGUAGGCGGCAUUUUGCCGCCCCACUCCACCUUCAGUCUGAAGAAGGGCACCUGUGGCCCGAAACUGUGGCCUGAAACGUCACUCCUUGGUCUUUUCAAAUAUGGUAUAUGGUAUGUUUAUACAACUAUACUUUUCUACCAUUCAGGACUUAACAUUAUCAGUUAUGAAGUUAAUAUUCAUAUCUUUUUUU